CCGGGUUGAACUUGCGCACUGCGUCAGACUCACAGCGUUGUCUACGCAUUUACGUAAAUACGGAAGCAGCGUGUGUAGUUAGUGUUUAUGGUUGGAAUCGGAUGGAUGAAUGUAUGAAUGUGUUUUCUGGGACAACGCGUGAAUUUAAGUCUGACUGGCGGAGCGCGUAAACUGAAGGAUGAUCCCAGUAUCGGUGGUGGUGUGUGUGAUGGGCGGGUGGUGCGUCGUUUAUCUUAUGGACACGUUUUUAAGGUCGUCCAGCUAUAUGAAGAUCCGCUAUGAAUCGUGGCUCUCUUCAACUGGCUUGACUCUGUCCCCGUUUCACAUUCGCUGGCACACCAACAUGUUUAAUCCAUUGUUUGCCAGAUGCGCCCAUCUCAACCCCCACUUUCUGUAUAUAUGGUUCAGCGCUGGGAUGGUGUUCGGCGUGGUUGCCAUGUUCGGUUCUGUAGUGCUCCUGGGUCGAACUCUGCUGCAGACUCUGGCUCAGAUGAUGUCUGAAAUGCCCGAGGGUUCCCAUGAGCAGGUCCUGCAGGUUGUGGUACCGGGUGUGAACCUGCCAGUCAGCCAGUUGGCCUACUUCUUCGUGGCUAUACUCGUCAGUGGGCUCAUACACGAGUUCGGCCAUGGCGUAGCAGCACUGAGGGAGCAAGUAAGGCUGAAUGGAUUUGGCAUGUUCAUGUUCGUGAUCUACCCCGGUGCCUUCGUGGAUCUGUUCACCACUCACCUGAACCUUAUCUCACCUGUACAGCAGCUGCGCAUCUUCUGUGCUGGAGUUUGGCACAACUUCAUGCUGUGUGUAGUCGCUGUGUGCUUCCUCCUCCUGCUGCCCUUCCUCCUCUUCCCCGUCUACUACACCGGAGCAGGAGCCCUCGUCACAGAGGUGAUGGAGGGUUCUCCGUCGAGUGGACCUCGCGGCCUGUUUGUGGAAGAUCUGGUGACUAGUUUAGAAGAUUGUGCUGUCAGAGGGGUGGACGACUGGCACUCUUGCAUCCAGCAAAUUGCCCAUCAGCCACAGAGAGGGUACUGUGUCCAUGAGGCCACCCUGCAGCUCAACCGAGCAGCGGGCAGAGCAUACAAGCGCCUGGACGGCACGAUGGAAUGCUGCAGCAACAACAGCCUGACUGACCUCUGCUUCUCAUACACCAAAAACCUCAACGCCAAACUGUUUGCGUGCCUACCAGCUCGUAAGACCAUCCAGGCCAGCCGCACGUGCCUCACCGACUCGGACUGCGGGGCCGAGUUCACCCCCAGCGUGUGCGUGAUCCCCUCGCUGGAGAACCAGACGCGCCUGAUCCGGGUCAAGCACCCGCCCCAGGCCGACAUGCUGUUCGUGGGAUACUGCUCUCACCUGCAGUACUCAGUGAGUCUGACCAACUUCGUGCCGCGUCUCGGCUUCCUCCACCUGGACCUGCCGGUGAUCCUGGAGACUCUUUGCAAGUAUCUGGUGUCGUUAUCGGGCGCCCUGGCGGUGGUCAACGCCGUCCCCUGCUUCGCUCUGGACGGUCAGUGGAUGCUGAACUCCUUUCUCGAGGCCACGCUGAGCUCGCUGCUCCCUGAAAAGAGCAGCCGUGAACUGCUGGGCUUCUUCAUCCUGCUGGGGGGCAGCGCCCUACUGGCCGCCAACGUGGCUCUAGGCUUAUGGAUGGUCACAGCGAGAUAACGGACACUCGCCCCCGCCUCCGGUGGGAGAUUCGGAGGGCGGGGGAGUUCUCUUCAUACAGGUGGAGAGAUUCCCAGAAUGCAUCACUGUUAGAGAAAGGAGACGCCCAGGGCGAGAUGACACCGGCGGUGUUCUGGCAGGGCGCAACGCAAAGCGCGGCGUAACGCAGCCGCCGUCUGCGCACACAUCGAAUUCACUAAAGCUGUAGCUCAUUCCAUUCAUGCACCUGACACCACAUACUGAUCGCACUCUGUUCAGAUGCAGUUUACACAGUAGAAUGUUCAAAAGUAUGUGGACACCUCUCUAAUUAUUAUUCUAUACAGUAAAAUCAGUUCUAUGGACACAGAUUCCUACAGAUACGUUCCAAAAUAUUGUGGAUCGCUUUCCCAGAAGAGUGAAGACAGUGCCCAUGGUUCCUAGCACAUGGUAAGGUGUCCAAAUACUUUUGGACCUGUGUUGUAAAUAUAUUAAGUCUGGCUCGCACGAACUAACGGUGAAUAAUAAAGUUACCUGGCAACCUUUGAUCUCUCGUCCUUGCAAAAUUCACACAAAUUGGAUCAGUAGAAUGUUCAAAAGUAUGUGGACACCCCUCUAAUUAUUAUUAUUGUUAUUAUAUACAGUCAAUUAAGUUGUAACAAGAAUUUGAAGAACUUACCUUAAAAAUCGACACAAAUUCCUACAGAUACGUUCCAAAAUCUUGUGUUUAGCCUUCCUAGAAGAGUGAAGACAGUGCCCAUGGUUCAUCUAGCACAAGGUCAGGUGUCCAAAUACUUCUGGGCAUGUAUUGUACAUGUAUUAAGUCUGGAACACACAAAGCAAAUGGUGAAUUUUCAAGAGAUCUGGCAACCUUUGCUCACUCUUCCUUGCAAAAUUCACACAAAUUGGAUCACCCUGUGAUGGGUCAAGUUCUAGUCCAUGGUUUUUAAACUCACUGCUUAAUUUACAAGCCCCCCAUGGGCUAUUAGGGGUCUCAGUGAGGGGUGCAUCGACCAGCCAGCAGAGGUCACGCUAGUAAUUGGAAGGUAGCUGGUUCAAGCCCCACCUCUACCAGGACCCCUGAGGUGUCAGUCGGACUUCUUAUUGGAUCCCUGGGGCGGAUCUAAGAAUACGAAGGACGUCCUGGAGAAAUUCUGAUAGCACACUUUGAUCCUCAGUGUUGUACUUGUGUGAUUGCCGGACCCAGUGUUUAUCUUACAGGACCCACUGUGACUCUGACCAGAAUGAAAAAAAUACUGACAAUGAAUUAGUGAAUAAAUAGUGAUUUGCUGCCUAAA